CUUGUUGGUUGUGUUGGCCAGGUGCCCUCCCUUCUCAGGCUGGCCUUUCCAGGUCUCAGGCAAACCCUGUCUGCUAACAGCCUGUGCCACAGAGACACCUCGGUUAAGUGACUAAGGCCUGGGAUGUGAAGUCAGAAGAUCUGGUUUCUCUUCCUGCCUCUGCUAGUGAGUUGCUGUUGACCGUGUGCAAGUCACUUAGGCCAGAUGUGGGCAGCUGGAAUUAAUGGGAUCCUUUCCCCGGCUUCUUGUUCCAGGGCCAAUGGUUGCUUCGCCAGAAGCAGUGGCCAACCCUAGGGUCGGAGCGGCCUGUUGAAGUCGGAUCCCUGCUCUGUGACCAUGGACAGGAAAGAACCGGAGUGCUGGCUUCCAGACAUGCAGCCUCGGAGCUGACGGUUCCCCCCCAGCCUCCCGCUGAGCUGCUGUUUACUCAACUGGGGCAUGCUGGACACCCUGGGACCUCCUGCUCUCCCCCCUUCCCCAGCCCCGACCAGGCCGGGAUGGCUAUAAAGGGCUCUUGGGACAGGCGGGAGAGAGACACCUCACUCCUUCUUCGCCUGCUCACCUCAUGGAAGCUUCUGUCCACGCUCCCCUCGGGCUGGCUGGCUGGCUCCAGGGCCCGCUGGGUGCCUGGGGCUGCGGGCGCCCUGUGCAGGGCCGAGAACAAGGCGGAAGAUCCCCACCUCUCUGGAGACCCUGGCUUCCCACUGCAAAGGACCUGUGCAGGCAGAACAGGGACCAGACAGACCUGGCCCGCGGCAGCGAGAUGCUGGUGGAUGGUGGCUCAGGCAAGGCAUCAGCACUGUUCCGGCACCCCGUCAGACUCUUCUGGCCCCGCUCCAAGUCCUUCGAUUACCUGUACAGUGAGGGGGAGAAGCUGCUGGAGAACUUCCCCGUGCAAGCCACCAUCAGCCUCUAUGAGGACUCCGACAGCGAGGAGGAGGAAGAGGAGGAAGGCUGGGGGGAGGAAGGGCAGGUGGAGGAGUCUGUGUUACAGCAGGAGGCAGGCUGCCAUCAGGAGCCAGCUGGGGCCAGCCAGCCAAUAAAGCUGUGUCUGAAGUGACCCCCACAGUGCCCAGCGCACCUGGGCAAGACUCAGCUGUGGGGAUGAACGCCACACCACCUUCCCCGGUGCUGCCGGUAAAGGAGCUUGCCAGAGACUCCACCCCACAGUGCUGGGACCCCAGCCCUUGCCGCCCUACACCAGGGUGUGUGUGUGCGGUGAUGGGGUCCAGAGGGUUGUUUGGAAGCAUUUUCAGGUCUCUCCACUAGGAGGCACAGUUCACACUCCAAGAUGGUCCUGCUGGAGGCGAGAGGCCCCCGCGCCUGUCCCAGGUGAGCAGUCAGAGCUCGGGGCGGCCGAGCUAAGUGUCUGCCAGGGAGAGGACUCUCCCAUUCCAAACCAUGACCUCCCCUGAGCAAUGCCUACCUAGUGCUGGGGAGCGGGGCUGGGCCGAGGGCAGAGGCCAGCUUGCCCUGCUGCACCAGCCCCUUUGGGAGCCGGAUGAGGGGCCUCAAAGAAGCCUGCCCAGACAACA